UUCUCUAGCUGCCUGCUGUGUCGGAUCAUGGGCCGGGGAGCGGCGGCGGCGAGGAGCAGGGCAGCUCCGGCGCGCUCGGGCCUGCUGCUGGCGGUCUUCCUGGGCGCCCUCUGGGGAGUGCCGUCGGGCUGCGGGGCCCAGCCCUACCACGGCGAGAAAGGGAUCUCAGUGCCGGACCACGGCUUCUGCCAGCCCAUCUCCAUCCCGCUGUGCACCGACAUCGCCUACAACCAGACCAUCCUGCCCAACCUGCUGGGCCACACCAACCAGGAGGACGCCGGGCUGGAGGUGCACCAGUUCUACCCGCUGGUGAAAGUGCAGUGCUCGCCCGAGCUGCGCUUCUUCCUGUGCUCCAUGUACGCGCCCGUCUGCACCGUGCUCGAGCAGGCCAUCCCACCCUGCCGCUCCCUGUGCGAGCGGGCGCGCCAGGGCUGCGAGGCCCUCAUGAACAAGUUCGGCUUCCAGUGGCCCGAGCGCCUGCGCUGCGAGAACUUCCCCGUGCACGGCGCGGGGGAGAUCUGCGUGGGCCAGAACACCUCGGACACCUCCGGGGGAGGCGGGGGCACCGGGCGCCCCGGGGGGGGCACGGCCUACCCCACCGCCCACCUGCCCGAGCCCCCCUCGCACCCGCUGCCUCCCACCAGCUACGCUUUCUCCUGCCCCCGGCAGCUCAAAGUGCCGCCCUACCUGGGCUACCGCUUCCUCGGGGAGCGGGACUGCGGGGCGCCCUGUGAGCCGGAGCUGCCCCACGGGCUGAUGUACUUCAAGGAGGCCGAGGUGCGCUUUGCCCGCCUCCUGGUGGGCAUCUGGUCCGUGCUGUGCUGCGCCUCCACCCUCUUCACCGUCCUGACCUACCUGGUGGACAUGAGACGCUUCAGCUACCCGGAGCGGCCCAUCAUCUUCCUCUCGGGCUGCUACUUCAUGGUGGCUGUGGCCUACGUGGCGGGCUUCCUGCUGGAGGACAAGGCGGUGUGUGUGGAGCGCUUUUCCGAGGAUGGCUACCGCACCGUGGUGCAGGGCACCAAGAAGGAGGGCUGCACCAUCCUCUUCAUGGUCCUCUACUUCUUUGGCAUGGCCAGCUCCAUCUGGUGGGUCAUCCUCUCCCUCACCUGGUUCCUGGCGGCUGGCAUGAAGUGGGGCCAUGAGGCCAUUGAGGCCAACUCCCAGUACUUCCACCUGGCUGCCUGGGCUGUGCCUGCCAUCAAGACCAUCACCAUCCUCGCCAUGGGGCAGGUGGACGGUGACAUCCUCAGUGGCGUCUGCUAUGUGGGCAUCUACAGUGUGGACGCCCUGCGUGGCUUCGUCUUAGCCCCGCUCUUCGUCUACCUCUUCAUCGGCACCUCCUUCCUCCUGGCCGGCUUCGUGUCCCUUUUCCGCAUCCGGACCAUCAUGAAGCACGACGGCACCAAGACUGAGAAGCUGGAGAAGCUCAUGGUGCGGAUCGGGGUCUUCAGUGUCCUCUACACGGUGCCGGCCACUAUCGUCCUGGCCUGCUACUUCUACGAGCAGGCCUUCCGGGAAACGUGGGAGAAGACCUGGCUCUUGCAGAGCUGCAAGAGCUACGCCAUCACUUGCCCCACCAACUUUGCCCCCAUGAGCCCUGACUUCACUGUCUUCCUGAUCAAGUACCUCAUGACCAUGAUUGUGGGCAUCACCACCGGCUUCUGGAUCUGGACUGGCAAAACCCUCCAGUCCUGGCGGCGCUUUUAUCACAGACUCAGCACGGGUAGCAAAGGGGAGACAGCGGUAUGAAGGUCGUCCCCAAGGCUGCUCGCAGAUUUUUGUGGCAACAGGCUCUUUGCAGGAACAGGGGUGUGGGGUUGGAGGGGGGAUGGUCGCUCCUUCAAGCUCAGCCUUUGCUUCACCAGGAGGUCGCUGUUGACACACAAUGGACCUUCUGGCUUGCCAGCUGAGUGGAAGAGCACAAAACAAGUGUCCUUUUUCUUAAGACAGCUCUUCACCCCUGUGAGAAUUCCUUUACUUUUCUUGCACCCACCCCAUAAAUAAGUACUGCAGUAUCUUUUCAAAGGGAAAUGCUGGAAUUGUGCCAAGGAUUCAAAGUUCUUCUUGGGGGAGGGGAGGGUGGAUAAAGGGGAGAAAAACAAAUGUAUUCUUUUUUUAAUGACAUGGUGGUCACUUUUGUGUAUUUCCGUGGUGUCAGAUUGAAACUGCUAAGCCAUCUCUACCUCUACCCCUGUUCACACAGACAAAGACAUUCCCAGAGUCCCAGUCCAUUGUCUUUGUAAUCAUAUCCAGGCAGGUAUCAGGGUCUUUUUUUGGGGUGGCUCCCUUCCCACCCUCCCAAAGAUGAUGUUGCCAGUAAAGUGUGCUUACACAUUUUAUUACUCUGGCAGUGCAACCCUAUUCAUGUCUGCUCAGAAGCAUGACCUAUUGAGUUCAGUGCUACUUACACCCAGGUAAGUGUGUCUAGGAUUGCAGUUUUGCAUGCUUAUUUUGAGGAGUAAGACACUGAACUCGAUGGGAUUUAAACCUCUAAGUAAUCAGGCAGGGGUUCCCACUGCAGGGUGUGGGUGGGUUUCCCCCACUUCAGUUUAAAAGUUUCCUUCCCCAUGAAUCCUGUUUUUGGCAAACGUGUCUUGCAGGGGGCUUGGGGUGGGGAGGGGAGCUGCUGUGUAGGACUCUGAAAAAGAAGUGACAUGUUGAUUUUGGGUAGAAUGCUUUUUACUCUCUUCCCUUUUGUUAGAGGAGACAAAAGAGAAACAAAAGUGAGUUUCUUUCGCAGUCAGGCAUAAGCAUGGGAUCAGUUUUUAUGGGGAAACUUAACAAAGAAUUUGUUGAGGUUCAGCUGUGGAGUUGCGAGCUUGGGCAGCCUCACAUUCCUGUUUUGAAAACGGAGGGAAAGGGAAGUCUGAGUGAGGUCUCAUGUUUAACUCCAUGAAAUCUGAGACGCCUUCCUCCUCCUUUCUGCCUCUCCCUCUCAAUCUCUCAAUGGAGUUUUAAUUCAGAACACCUGACAAAACAGCCAGCACUGAAAUAUGUAAAACAGGGCAUUGAUAAUAUCCCCUUUCUUUCCACAAGGCUGUAGUUCUCCCUGCUGCUUAUUUUUAUAUCACCAUGCUGCCUGGGGAUAAUAGAGGUUGUAGUCCAACACAUCUGGAAGGUUUCUUGCUUUUAAUUCCCCUUGAAAUCAAGCAGAUUUCUGAAGCGCAUCUGUGUUGUGAAUUGUGGGCAUCCCUCUAUCAGAAGCAGUCAGAUUUGCAACAUAAUCCUAUCCAUGUUUACCCAGCUGUCUGUGGUGUUGUGUUUAAUGGGGCUUAUCCCAUAGUAAGUGUUAAAGUUUGGUACACCUAACUGCAGGAUUCAUUUUGUGUACUUGGUACAAUCUGGUACAUUCAAGUAUGCCAUGACUGAGGCUGCAAUCCUGUUCAGGUGUACUGGGAAGUAAGACCCACUCAGCAUAGGAUCAGGCUAUGUGUCCUAGUGAAGUCAAUAGGAUGGCAUUAUUCAGUACAGGUCCACAUUGACGAUUAUCUGGAUUGUGCCAAUGGAAUUGUGCAAUCCUGCAUAUAUGUAUUUGGGGAAAGCCCCAUUAAUUUCAAUGGAACUCCCAAAUGAGGGUUCAGUGGCAACUUAAGGAACAAUAGAGUGCAGCAACUGGUUUCCUUUGUUUCUGAGCUGUGCAUUCCUUUAAAAAACAGCCAUGUUCUGCAUCACUUUCUUGAUUGGUCACCUUAUUAAAUAUAGGUCUUAUAGUUCCAAAAUAAAACUGCAAAUAUGAUCUGCAUCUCAUACUUGAAAUGCCCCCAGAGAGGGGACUGAUGAAAAGAAACCAAAUUUUACAGCGGAAGUGAUUCAUACUGCUCUCUGAAAAGUCAAGGGAUGCUAUUUCUCUCUGUCUCUUAAAAUCAUAUUAAAAUUUAAUUCUUUCUUUUUGUACUGUGGGGGGAUGAGAUGACUUUGUUUUCUGUAAACUUAAGGCUUUGACUUUAUUUUUGCCUGAAAGACUAAUAGGAAAACUGUGGCCUUUAACAAGUCUUACUUUCUUCCCAAGGCAGCAAUCAUUUCUCUCUUUAAUGAAUGAAGAUCAAGUUCUCUAAAAAAAGAAACACAACAGCCCAGCACCUCCUCAUGGAGGAGCCUGGGGUGGGGGGGGGGAUGCCGCCAUCAAAGGGGCAUGCCAGGUGGUGUGUCUAGGGAGGAAGCAGUGAGAAAUCCAUCCGGCCAAUCCUGGAGUAUAUUUGAUCUCCCUGGUUCAAAGAUCCUGGUUGGUUUGGGAGCUUUUAAAAUGUCCACAAGACUAGCUGAAAGUGCAGUAUGUAUAUUUUGUAAAUCUGACAUUUUGUAAGAAAAUAUAUAUAUGUAUUUAUGUUUUUACUUUUUGUUUUGUUUUCAAAAGGUCUGUGUAAGACUCAUUUCUUAUGUACAGAACACAAAAUAAAUGGAUUUUUAAUACAA